UCAACACUAAAAGUUUGCGUUGCUUUUUGGACACGAAAAUAUUCGAAAAAGGACGCGAAUCCUGGCGAGGAACGGCCAGCUGGGUGCCGCAAGCAUGCUCAAGUCGCUCAAGCCGGACACGUACGCCGGAAUGGCGAACGCCAAGUGCGGCGAGAUCUACUUCCAGAGCCUGCACAGCUUUCGCAUCGACUGUGCGUUCUGCGAGAUGAAGAGCUUUGUGUUCGGGGACUUCCUGCUCCACGUCCAGAAUGUCCACUUCGAGAACGGGCUGCUCAAGACGGAGGCGACCGAGGGGGACCUCAAGCAGGAGCGGGACACCUCGCACACCUCCCCAGUUCCCAUUGUUGCCCAGGUGAAUCCAUUUGCGUGGUAUGAAAUUGGUGGCGGCGAUCGGGAGGAGGACAGCGAGGACGAGCAUGGCGCUCUGGAAGAUCAGAACGAGGAGGAAGAGGAUGAACGGCCGGGCAGGACGAUCAUGAAGUGGCAGGACCACCAAUCCAUGGCCAGCGAAUCCCUGCGGCAAGUUCGAGCCCUAAAAGUGGACUACAAGGAAGAGGACUCCGAGCAGGAGGAGUGUGGCAUCAAACUGGAUCUGGACAGUGAAAGCAGGCAAUCCCUGAAAACUCCACACUCCUGUCCGCACUGCACGAAGGUCUACCAGAGCCGCAAGGUGCUGGAAAGGCAUUUACUUCGCCAGCACAAGGACGUCGCUUCCGUGGAAGCAGACAGUGAGGAUGCGGACUACGAGCCGCCCAAGGAUGCGCCCGCCAAAUCCUCCGGCCAAGAGUACAAGUGCGAGCACUGCGACAAGAUCUACCAUGGCAAAUACAGCCUGCGGCAGCAUUUAAAGCGCGAUCACGACAAUUUGGGCGAGGACGGUGGCCCCGCCACCUUCACCUGCCAGGAGUGCGAGGCCCAGCUGCCGCGUCUCCGCCUGCUGGACGAGCACAUGGUGCAGGCGCACGGCGGAGCAGCCUGUGUGGUGUGCGGCCGGCGGUACAAAACGCGUCACGAGCUGAAACGCCACCAGCUGAAGCACACCAGCGAACGGAACGUACCCUGCCCGCAUCCCGGCUGUGGCAAGCGCUUCUUCACCGUGCGCCAUAUGCGCAAUCACGGGAAGGUCCACACCGAGCAGAAGAACUUCGUGUGCGAGAGCUGUGGCUACAGCUGCCGCAACAAGGAGACGCUGCGCGUCCACAUACGGAGUCACACGGGCGAACGACCGUUCGGGUGUCAGGUGUGCGACAAGCGAUUCCCCUCGCACUCCGGUCUGAGGGAGCACAUGGCCAUGCAUUCCACGGAGCGACCGCAUGUGUGCAGCGUUUGCGGUGCGACGUUCUCGCGGCAGAAGGGCCUGUACCACCACAAGUUCCUGCACGCGGACACCAAGCAGUUCGUGUGCAAGCUGUGCGGGAAUGCCUACGCCCAGGCAGCCGGACUCGCUGGACACAUGCGCAAGCACCGGAACGACGAGCUCAACGGGUAGGAUCGUGGGGACAUAGUCGUCUAAGUUGUACGUUUUUGUAUCUUCCACUCUCGAAGUUUAGGUUUAGGCACUCAGGCAUAGGCUAUAGGAGACAGCUAUCGUUGAUGGCUUAUUGGAG